UGUUUAUGACUGGAUAAUCGUUAAUUUAUUUUCAAUCCGUAUUUGUAACAAGGUUGGAAUUGCGAAAUCUCGCGAGAUUUGAACGAGUUUGAUUGAAUGCCACGUCUGACUAGAAGCAUCAAGGCUGGCAGAAAUAUUAGACUUUUGCACGAAGGACAGAGAGUUGAUUAUCUGCACAACAAAUCGUGAUAUUUGGCACUAUCCGAGAGUAAUAUGGGAUGUGUACGUGUGCUGGCACUGACACUMGUCACGUCUGUAGUACUGCUGUUAGCCUGUCAAUCUUCCUCCGCGCAUAGCCAUUCCCAUGGUGACCACGGACACGGCCACUCCCAUGGCGAGGAUGAUCACCACGGACACUCUCAUGGCCCUGAGGUGAAGAUGUUCCACGGAGCGAGCAAGUGGAGCGCUGAGGCCAACCUACCUCACCAAGAAGAGGAGCCUCAUGGACAUGAUCAUGGACACGCACACUCCCAUGAUCAUGGACACGCACACUCCCAUGAUCACGGACACGCACACUCCCAUGAUCAUGGACACGCACACUCCCAUGAUCAUGGACACGCACACUCUCAUGACCACGGACACGCACACUCUCAUGACCACGGACACGCACACUCUCAUGAUCACGGACACGCACACUCUCAUGAUCACGGACACGCACACUCUCAUGAUCACGGACACGCACACUCUCAUGAUCAUGGACAUGGGCAGUCACACGGAUCAGAUAAGAGAAAGAGUGAAGCUAAAGGAGGGAAGAGGGACUUGGUGGAGCUCUGGACACAGGCUGUUGGAGCCACUCUGCUGAUCAGCGCRGCUCCUUUCCUCAUCCUGUUUCUGAUCCCCGUUCAGUCCAACAGCGACCAACACCAGAACCUGCUGAAGGUGCUGCUGAGUUUCGCCUCCGGGGGUCUGCUGGGUGAUGCUUUCCUCCACCUCAUACCACAUGCUCUUGAGCCCCACUCCCAUCAUGGUGAUGAAGAUCAUGGACACUCACAUGCAAAUGAAGACUCACAUGGCCACGGUCACUCCCAUGGAGCGGCCCACGGUCACCUGAUGUCUGUAGGUUUGUGGGUUCUGGGUGGGAUCAUCGCCUUCCUGGUUGUUGAAAAAUUUGUGCGUCUGCUGAAAGGAGGACACGGUCACGGUCACUCUCAUGCUGCUYCUAAAGAAAAAGACAGUGAUGGAGAAGAAGAGAAAGAAAAGAAGAARAAGAAAGAGGAGACRGGAAACAAAGAUACAAAARUACCAAAGAAAGUGGAGAACAAGAGCACAGAUAUCAAGGUGUCGGGUUACCUGAACCUGGCAGCUGACUUCACACAUAAUUUCACUGAUGGCCUGGCGAUCGGAGCRUCGUUUCUGGUCGGACCAGCUGUGGGCUUCGUCACCACCCUGACAAUCCUGCUGCAUGAGGUCCCGCAUGAGAUCGGGGACUUUGCUAUUCUUGUGCAAUCUGGCUGCACUAAAAGAAAGGCGAUGUGUCUCCAGCUGCUGACAGCUGUGGGCGCUCUGGCCGGGACAGCUUGCUCUCUUCUGGCCGAAGGCGUUGGCGCAGCGGCGACUGCCUGGAUCCUGCCCUUCACGGCUGGCGGGUUUGUCUACAUCGCCACAGUGACGGUGCUCCCGGAGCUGCUGGCAGGCCGCUCCAGUUUCGGUCAGUCUCUGAUGGAGAUUCUGGCCCUGCUGUUCGGAGUGGGCAUGAUGGUGCUGAUCGCAGAGUACGAGUGAGGCGCUGCACAGCGGACAGAAACAAUUACGGCACAGGAUGAGGAGGGAGGAAGCCGAGAAACUGACAGGGAAAAGACAGUUUUAGGUUUUGUUUUUAAAUUUGUUUACCUGUGUUUGUUUUCUUCUUUUUAUGAAGCUGUAUUUUGGAAAGAUUUGUUUGUGUCUUAAGCGGUUUAUGAGCAUAUCUUUGUUUUGUUUUAGUGUUUCUUCCUAAAAAAGUGUCAGUUUCUUCAACAGUCUCUUCAGUAAGGGCAACGAGAGCUGGAAAGUUGCACUAAGUAAAGAGGAAGAGGAGGACUUUAUUAGUAUAGUGGGUUAAACCUUUUUGAACAGUGGUUCCAAAGUUUUCUCACGACUUUCACUAAACAGAAAAUUCACCUCAAGUGACAGCUCAUYCCUCCAAAGACUUCUUAUAUAAUUUUCCAGAAAAAACAGCAAGUUUUGUCCUUAUCUAAGUGACCGAUUUUCACUGUGUAGGGGUCACCUCAAGUGAGAAAACAAGAUUUUCUUCCUCUAAAAUAGGCCUUGGAUGGGCCUUCUAGUUAAACUAGUUAAAUUUAACUACUUAAAUGAAAAGUGAAUCGUGAACAAUGGAGAUUAUUCUGUCCAUUAUCUGAUUAAGAGG